AGUUACUAUAGUAAUGACUAAUAAAGCAAAAAACAGAAUAGAGCAAAUAGCACAACAUUUGGAUUCGAAAAAGGAUGAAGCUCUCGAAAAAUCAGAAUGGAAGGAUACUAUUCUAGAAAUAAAAAAGAGACAGUAUCUCAAUCGGACCGCAGAUCCUGAUGAUCGAGGGUACAUACGACAGAAAACAACAGGCAAGCUCUGGGUGCGCGAAAGGAUUGGUCUAUUUUUGGAUAAAGGCAGUUUUAGAGAGAUUGGUAGCAUCGCGGGCAAUGCAAGGUACAGCAAGGAUGGUUCGUUGCAGAGUUACACAGGAGCCAAUUUCGUUGCUGGAAAGGGUACAGUAGCCGGAAGGGAUGUCAUUGUGGGGGCUGAUGAUUUUGCCAUCCGAGGUGGGCAUGCAGAUGGUGCUGUUUGGGGAAAAUCUUUGUUUGCUGAACAACUGGCUCGAAAACUUAAAAUACCUAUGGUAAGAUUAAUAGACGGAAGCAGUGGCGGAGGAUCUGUUACGUUAGUACUCGAUAAAGGAGCCACCUAUUUACCUCCUCUAUUUGGAAUGCACGACAUGAUUGCCAGUCUAUCCGAGAUUCCUAUAGUAGCUGCUGCUUUAGGACCUGCUGUUGGAUUAGGAGCAGCCCGUGCAACGCUCACACACUUUUCCGUGGUUUCAAAAGACAUUGGAUCCUUAUUUGCAGCUGGACCUCCUAUCGUUGAGAAUGCAACAUUUGAAAAUGUGAGCAAAGAAAGCUUGGGAGGCGCUCUUGUUCAUACUGCAAAUGGAACAUUUGACAACUUAGCCGAAUCUGAACAGGAUUGCUAUGAUCAAAUACAUCAUUUUUUAAGCUACUUACCUUCAAAUACCGGACAGCUGCCGCCUAUAGAGACAACGUAUGAUCCUGUUGAUCGACGGGAUGACGAGCUACUGUCGAUCAUUCCCAAGCGACGCCAACGGAUAUACCAAGUUCGGGAAAUCCUGACGCGUGUUUUAGAUAAGAGCUCCUGGUUUGAAAUUGGAUCACGAUGGGGUGAUGGGGCCGUGUGUGGUUUAGGUAGGCUUGGUGGAUAUGUCGUGGGCAUAAUCACUUUUGACUGUACGCUAAAAGGAAGCGUCAUAUCCGCUGCCAGCUGUCAAAAGUUUAGGCGUCACAUUGACUUGUGUGAUACAUUUGGUAUUCCCAUAAUCAAUUUUGCGGAUUAUGCAGGAUUUGCUGUGGGCACCAAAGCAGAAAAGGAAGCGACCAUCCGACAUGGAUCCACACUGACCGCAGCAUUAUACCAAUGUGACGUGCCUUACUUUAGUGUUGUGCUUCGUAAAGUGUUUGGUGUUGCCGGAGCUGCAUUUGUAGAUAAUCGUGUGCCAAACAUGCGCAUCGCAUGGCCAAGUGGUGAUUGGGGAAGCUUACCUUUGGAGGGUGGUAUUUAUGCUGCCUACAGACGUGAACUUGAAGCUGCAGGUGACAAACGUCACGAGCUUUAUGAAAAGAUAAUGGCUCAAUUUGAAUCUGUUCGAUCUCCUAUUCGCACUGCUGAAAUAUUCGACAUGCCCGAAAUCAUAGACCCUCGCGAUACAAGACCUAUCUUGUGUGAAUGGGUUAAGUUGGUGUAUGACCAUACCUUACCACAGCGAUUAGAAAGAAUUAAGGCUCAGGGGCCUCGUAUACUCUAUCGCCCUUGAACUGUAUGGGACGCCUACUAUCGAAUCUCAAGAUGAUCUCAUUAUAUAUAUUAUGCAGAAAAAAUGGUACAGUCAAUAAAUAAAGGUGAUGGGAUAUUGAUCUCUAGUGUUACCACGUGUCAUUUUCAGUAAAACUCUUAAAAAGGAAAUUAGAUUCGAGCGAAGGGCUAGGUUAAGAAAGUAAGAGGAAAUGAUGCAAAGAGAAAAGAGAGACAAAGGAAAAAGUAAGAAAAAAAAAGAGAUAACCAUGGUAUCUCCAAGGUUACUGACAGCAUGCAAAAAGGGCAUGUGUAUAAAUAUAUGUAUGACAAAAACAACUGAUGACGACAAGUAAACAUUU